UGAAAACUCGGUCUGCCGAGAGAAACGACGUCGUGUACUCUGAUGUAUAAGAACCCAGACCUCACCAUCUUCUCUUCAGAAAGCUUCGACAGAUAGCGAAAGUUUCUCUUUAUUUCUCUUGGAGCCACGACUACAUCAGAUCUGCUUCUUCUGCUUAUUUCUCUUGAGCAGAGCCACUGCAUCAGAUCUGCUUCUUCCGGAAAUGGGUACGACUGCUAAGUCUAGAAACUCUCUUGCUUUCUUCUUCAAUCAUUAUUGUCAUUUAAGGGUUUCUUUCCAUGCUCUCAAUUUUCAUUAUUGUCGUAGUUUUAGUGCUACCUCUCCUAACACUAUCAAUAGUGGUAGAGAUAUUGUGGAAAGCCCCAAUCAGUUCUUGAAAUCUGUGAGAGAUCGAUGCAGAUCUCGAAGCUUUAGGAAUCUUGAUGAUGCCUUAGGCGUGUUUGAUAGAAUGCUUCGCAUGCGCCCUUUGCCUUCCAUCGUGGAUUUUAAUCAAUUGCUGACUGCAAUUGCAAGAAUGAAGCAUCACUCAACCGUGAUUUCUCUUAUUAAAGAAAUGGAACUGCUAAGAAUUGCUCCCAAUCAUUAUACUCCAAGCAUUUUGAUUAAUUGCUUCUGCCAUUUGAACCGGGUUGAUUUCGGCUUCUCUAUCUUAGCAAAAAUAUUGAAACUUGGUUUUCAACCGGACUCUAUAAUUCUUACUACUCUUGUCAAAGGGCUCUGUAUUCUGGGUAAAAUUGUUGAAGCUGUGAAGUUGGUUAACAAAAUGGAAAAGAUGGGCUACAAACCUAAUACAGUUACCUAUGGAACCAUAAUGAAUUGUUUGUGUAAAAUAGGCAAGACCAAUGAAGCUAUUGGGUUGUUUAGAAAGAUGGAAAAAAAAAAUCUUGUACUUGAUGUAGUGUUGUAUAAUACGAUCAUUGACAGUUUGUGCAAGGAUAGAUUGGUAACUGAAGCUCUGACUUUUUUCUCUGAAAUGACAAGUAAAGGAAUUCAGCCAAGCGUUUUCACUUAUAGUUCUUUAAUUCAGGGCCUAUGCAAUUUUGGUCGGUGGAAAGAGACAACUAAAUUAUGGAAUGAGAUGGUGGAAAGGAAAAUCAUGCCUGAUCUGCAUACAUUUAACAUAUUGGUGGACACGCUUGGUAAAGAGGGGAAGUUGAAAGAAGCAAAUGAAGUUUUUGAUGUGAUGAUUCAGAGGGGCAUAGAGCCUGAUACAAUUACGUACAAUUCCUUGAUUGACGGUUACUGUUUGCAAAAUAAAAUGGAUGAGGCUGUCAAAGUAUUUAAUACGAUGGUUCGAAAGGGUUGUUCGCCUUCUAUUGUUAGCUAUAGCAUAUUGAUCCAUGGAUAUUGUAAAAACAAAAGAAUUGAUGAGGCCAUGAUUCUCUUUCGUGAAAUGUCCACGAAGGGAAUUUUUCCUGAUGUUGUCACUUACAGCAAUCUUAUCGGAGGGUUUUGCCGAGUUGGGAGAGUCAAGAUUGCGUUAGAGCUACUCCAUGAGAUGCAAGUUUGUGGCCAACAUCCCAAUGUCCGAACUUGUGCUAUAUUGUUAGAUGGGUUGUGUAAGAAUCUACACUUUUCUGAGGCAAUGACAUUGUUUCAAGAGAUGGAAGAAAAAAAGGUACACCUUGAUAUUGUGAUUUACAGCAUUUUGAUUCAUGGUAUGUGCAAUGCUAGGAAACUUACGACUGCAAAAGAACUCUUUAAUAGUCUUCCUACCAAAGGUUUGCAACCUGAUGUUUGGACUUGCAAUGUAAUGAUCAAAGGGCUUUGCAAAGAGGGACUAUUAAAUGAAGCAAGGGAGUUGUUUGAGAAAAUGGAAGAGAACGGUUGUUCACCUAACCAUUUCACAUAUAACACAAUCAUACAAGGCUUCUUGCAACAUAAUGAGACAUCAUGGGUAGUGAAAUAUCUCAAAAUGAUGGUUGAGAAGGGUUUUUCCGCAAAUGCAACCACUGCAACCAUUUUGAUCGACUUGUUGUUUACUAAUCAAGCAGAUAAAACUUUACAAGACUUUUUUAAGAAGUCUGUGUGAAAGCUUUCUACUUCUUUAAUGUGUAUCACUUUUAUGAUAUAAUGCAGUGAAUUCUUUAUGCAUAUUUGUAGCUGAGAUUGUUUAUGCUUUUUGGGGUCAUAUGGAUAGUGGAGUUGGAAACUAAUAGGUAUAAUAUUUGGUUAUCACUUCUUUUUGUUGUUUCUAUUAAGAUUUGAGUCCUGUAAUGAUGUUCAUGGUAAUGAAGUUACUUGCAGGC